GUAAAGCCGGAUUAGCACUUUUAUUUAUGAAGAUUCACGAACGAUUUAUGAUUGGGCCGAAGUCGGCGCUAACUAUUGCUGAUCAAUAUAUCGAUAGUGCUCUUUCAUUAUAUAAUUCCAAGCAUAAACCGUCGGCAACUGUUGUCGACCAUCAAUGCGGGUUCUUGUGUUCGGCCGUGGGAUUAUAUACUGUUGCCGCUCAUGUGAAGCAUCAUAAGGGUGAUCAAGAGUCGUCUCGCCGUUACAUGGACAUGCUUCAAUCGCAUUUUUCAUAUUCCUGUUUUUCACAAUACACACCAAGUGAAUUGCUUUACGGUCGUGCCGGAUUUCUCUAUGCUCAGAAGUUCCUCUCUAGCAUAUUUGGACCAUCAGUAGAGCCUUCCGAAUUAUCAUCCUUGAUCUCAUCUGUCUUUGAAACGAUCAUUGAAGACGGUGUCAGAAACGCAAAAGAUCUUCGGCACAGAGAAGUUCCGUUAUUAUGGACGUUCCACGGUAAACCAUAUCUCGGCGCGGCCCACGGAAUGGCCGGAAUCCUCACCGUCUUAUUAUACUACCCGGAAAAUUGCCGGAACGACGAGGAACGGAUUAAAGACACCGUGGAUUUUGUCUUAUUCAAUAGCCGUUCCGCGACCGGGAAUUGGUCCAUUUUGAUGAACGAUGAACGAGAUAAGGAGUUGGUCCAAUUUUGUCAUGGUGCCCCAGGAAUGUCCCUUCUGGCAUGUAAAGCUUAUCAGUAUUACAAGGAAGAAAAGUACUUAAAACUCGCGAUGGAGAUUGCCGACUACGUUUACUCCUAUGGUCCAAUUCGCAAAGGAGUUGGUCUGUGUCACGGCGUCUCUGGUAACGCAUACACAUUUCUCUCGGUGUAUAUACUUACCAAAGAUCCCAAAUACUUUCAAUGGGCGUUGGAAUUUGCUGAAGUUUGUACUCAGUGGGAGGAGAGAACCCAAAGGGGCGAAUUCCGAGUUCCCGACAGGCCGUGGUCAUUGUGGGAAGGUCUUGGUGGCGCAGCAUGGUUAAUAGCAGACUUAUUGUACUGGGAUGUUGAGGUGUUCAAAGGUUGCCCAGGUUUGACGGAUAUCUGA